AUGAGUGAUUUGGCGUUUGACAACUAUUGUAUAGCCUGUGACAAGGUGUGCGAGUCUCCUUCAGCAAUUUACUGCUCUAAUGAGUGCAAACAGCACGAUGAAACCCAGUCGGUGAAUAUUCGACAGGGUGCAGGAUCGGCUCCCUCCACAUAUGCGGGGUCGGGUGAGGUGGCCCAAGACCUCGUUUCCCCACUUUUAGCGCCGGCGGUUCAAGCCAGCACUAAUUACUCUACAUCGCCGUUAUUUUUGGGCCAGGAAGAUGCGGCAACUUUUGACCUUGAUUAUAACGCAAUUGACUUGAAUUACACCGAGAGUCGAAGUUCGGAUUUAACCGAACAUUUUCCACUGACGUCGCACAACUACCGCAAGUGGUUGACGGCUUGUUUAUAG